AUGGCAGGAGAAUCAGAAACUACUUUUCAAGAUGUCGACGCAAAUACUUCAUUCAUAGAAAAUCUUGAACAUCGAGGUACAAAAUUGUCUGAUGAAAUCACAAGGAUGUUAGAAAGCUUAGAGCCACUCCCAGAAUCACCUGGAUGCUGCAUCUACAAGGUUCCAGAUCCCAUUCGCAAUUCCAACGAAGAAGCUUACACUCCUCAAAUUAUAUCCAUAGGGCCUUUCCACCAUGGUAGCCAAAAAUUGCAAACCAUGGAAAAGUUUAAACUGAGAUAUCUCAAGAGUUUCAAGGAACGAUCCCAGAUCAUAGACUUGGAAGAUUUAGUAAGCAGUAUAAGAGGUGUGGAAGAAAGUGUUCGUGAAUGUUAUUCAGAGACUAUUCCAUUUGGGAGUGAUGAUUUUGUGAAAAUGAUCUUGUUGGAUGCGAGCUUCAUUAUUGAGUUCUUCUUGAAAAAAUGGUCGAAAAGCUGGACCUCACACGAUGCUAAGAUAUUAAAGCCAUGGUACUGGGGCAGGCUGCAGUUGGACUUGAUGUUGCUUGAAAAUCAACUUCCUUUCUUUGUUAUUCACAAAAUAUAUGACACUGCAUUAUCAUCUUCAUCAAUAUACCCUUCCUUCAUUGACCUUGUCAUUCACCAAUUUGGAUAUACUGACGUUCAAAUUAUAGAGGAUCCCAAUAUCGUGAUGCAAAUAACGCACUUUCUUCACCUGCAUAGGAGCUAUAUUUGCCAAGACAGCGAAAGGCAAACAGAAAGAAGUCCCGGAAUAAUUCAGGAAAUGCAUAGUGCAACCCAACUGGCUGAGGUAGGAAUCAAGUUUAUGGCAUACAGCGGGGAUUUGUCUCAGAGUGACAUAAAAUUAGUAGGCCGAGUGAUGGAAAUCCCACGCUUUAAGUUAGACAAAAACACGGAGAUUUAUGCUCGAAACCUGAUCGCCUUUGAGCAAUGUCACUUUCCAAGUGCUGCAUAUAUUACUGAUUAUUACUUCCUGUUACGUUUAUUAAUCAGAAGUCAGAGAGAUGUGGAUUUACUUGUUCGAGAGAAGAUCAUCGUUGAUUGGGUAGAUGACAUCGAUGCAACUUCUGUGCUCAACAAGAUCUUAGAAAAUAUCGACUGUUCAUGGAUGAACGUUAAUUAUAGACAUCUUGCUGAAGAUCAAACAAAUUCUAUGAAGCCCGCGUGA